AUGGUGGGCCGAUAUGAUGGAUAUCAGGAGGAAGAAACCAAAUUAAAAGACGCAAUAAAAUUAUUGGAUGCCAAGCAAACCCUUUUAGAUAAUUACACCCGACAAAAUAAUCUAAACUUCCAAAAAGCCUUAAUGUUAGUAGUUGCCCCCAGCAUUGAAGAAGCCGAAAACAUUCGCACCAGUUUAAUUGUUAAUUGUGAAUUUCCCCAAGAGAAUAUUUUGCAAGUUGAUAGUAGCAAAAUUACGGAUGAUUUAGCCCAAGAAUUACAAAACAUUGAUAAUCCCCACAAUCCUACACGAAUUAUUAUUGCGGUUGGCAUGUUAAAAGAGGCCUUCAAAUCAACCACUUUUAUCGAACAAAUAAUCGGUCGUGGUUUGCGUUUACCUUUUGGUGAAUAUACUCCCAAAGAAGCCUUAAAUACUUUGGAAAUUAUAAUGCAUGACAAUUUUAAAGAAUUAUUAGACGUUC